AUGAUGCUGCUCUUCCUGGGCUCGGCCCAGGCCGAUGAUCUCUGUAGAAUCUACACGACGUCCUCUUGUACCGCCAACGCUGCCCUCUCCGGGACGACGGAGGUCGCCCUUAAAGCCGAGAUCCAGACCAAAAUGAAUAACAGCGCGAACUUCGGUUCGACGUACAGCUGGGACAACGACUUCUGGUGGGAGCAGAACACCUACCUGCUCAACUUCACCUACACAGCCAUCGAUCCGCGUACCUUCGCUCUUCGUGAUCAGCGCAACGGUCUCUUGACGAUCAACACUGCCGUCCUGAACAUCCUCUGUAAGGCCGAGUUCAACGGCACGGCCUCCAUCAUCCGCCAAGUGACCCAAAACGCCGUGUGCCCGUCGCCGUCGCCCUCAGUCACCCCUACCUUGUCCCUCACCCCGUCGCCCACGUCGUCCAUCUCGCCCAGCGCGUCGCGGACCAUGUCACCCACGCCCUCUAUCUCGCCCUCCAAAACGCCCACGAUGUCCCCCACGAACAGUCCCACCCCCAGCGUGACGCCCUCGGUCACGCCCUCACCCACACCAACGAGAUCUGUGACGCCCUCGAUCACGCCCUCACUCACCCCAACGAGAUCCGUGACGCCCUCGGCCUCGCCCACGGCCUCGAUCUCCGUCACGCCGACCACGUCGCCGACCACGUCGCCCACGCAGUCGCCCACCCGGUCGCCCACGCCUAGCUCCCCGACGAAGUCGCCCACACGGUCCCCGACGCAGUCGCCCACGCGGUCUCCGACGCAGUCGCCCACGCAGUCGCCCACGCCAAGCGUGACAGCCACCAAGUCGCCGUCGAACAGCCCCAGCGCCACGCAGACGCCGUCGCCCUCGAUUACCCCGACCCGAUCGCCCACGCCGUCGAUCUCGCCGACGGUGACGCCCACCCGGUCGCCCACGUCGAGCCCCUCGAGCUCGUUCACGCCCACCCCCACGCAGUCGCCCACGCAGUCGCCCACGCAGUCGCCGACCCAGUCCCCGACUCGGUCGCCCACGCAGUCGCCGACCCAGUCCCCGACUCAGUCGCCCACGCAGUCACCGACCCCCACCAACUCGCCCACGCUGAGCCCCACGCGGAGCCCAUCGUCGACCACCACGCCGACGCCCACCACCUCGGGUACCCCUGGGUCGAGUCCCACGCGCACUCCGACCUCGACCCCCACGCCGUCGGUCACGCCCACCCCGUCCAUCUCCGCGAGCCCUACCCAGUCCGUCACGCCCUCAGUCACGCCCACCGUGACCCCCUCGGCCACGCCGACCACGUCGCCCACGCGCUCCGUCACGCCCUCGCCCACGCCGACGACGAGUCCCACGCCCUCGAUCACGCCGACCAGGUCGCCCACGCCCUCGGGCACGCCGACCCAGUCGCCCACGCGGUCGCCGACCCAGUCGCCCACGCAGUCGCCGACCCAGUCGCCCACGCAGUCACCCACCCAGUCGCCCACGCAGUCGCCCACACCGUCCCGCACUAGCUCGCCCACGCCGUCCCGCACGCAGUCUCCCUCAAGCUCCGUCACGCCCUCGCCGACGAGCUCCAACUCGCCUACCCCCUCCAUAUCGCCGUCGCCCACGCAGUCGCCCACGCAGUCGCCCACGCAGUCGCCUACGCCCUCGGUCACGCCCACGCCCUCUCGCACGCCGUCGCAGACGCCGACGCCCUCGCCGACAAGCUCGGUCACACCUACCACCACGCCGACGCCCACCCAGACGCCCACCCAGACGCCCACCCAGUCGCCCACCAACACGCCGUCGCCCACCAUAUCGCCCGCCAACUCGCCCUCUUCCUCGCCCACGCGCACGCCGUCGCCCAGCUCGAGUCAAUCGCCGUCCCGCACCAUCACGCCCUCUCCGUCGACCACCAACUCUCCGUCGCCGACCAUCUCCACCACGCCCUCCACGACGAUCACACCUUCCCGGUCGCCGACCAGAUCGCCCUCCAACUCGCCCUCGAAAUCACGCUCGCCCUCCUCCACCCGCACCCCGACGCCCUCCACCUCCGCGUCGCGCACCCGGUCGCCCACUGUCACCCCGUCGCGCACGCCCACCACCUCCUUCACCCCGUCGCGCUCCCCCACGCAGACGCCGACCCCAUCGGUCACGCCCACCAAGUCGUCCACGCCCUCGCCCACGCCCACCGUGUCCGUCUCGGCCUCGAGCUCGCCCUCGCCCACCCAGACCCCGUCCGCAACCCCGUCGCGCUCGCCUACCCCGACGUCCACGCCGCUCGUCGAUAACACCUGCAUGUACCGGUUCGACGCGACCUACGCUCAGGGCCUGCCCUUGGCCGCCAUCGGCACCGACACCCAGUUCUACGACGCGCUCGUGGUGGAGUGGAACACCUACUUCACGCUGGGCUCCAACUUCAGCAUCUACGUGCUCGGUUACACGUCCAACGAGGCCGGCACGAGCAUCCACGCUGUCUACAGCAUUUACUUCACCCCGGCCACGCUGGGCAACUUUGUCGUCAACUCCAUCUCGCUGGUGUCGUUCAAUGCGCUCGCCGCGGUCACCUUCUCUGGAGACUCGGCCGACUCGUCGCUGCUGUCGCAGGCCUCCGGUGUGCAGUGCUACGUGCCCCCGUCGGCCUCGCCCACACAGUCGCCCACGCCGUCGCAGUCGCCCACCAACUCGCCGACGCCGUCGCAGACCCCGACGCCGUCGCCCACGCCCACGCAGUCGCCGACCAACUCGCCCACGCCGUCGCCCACCCAGUCGCCGACCCAAUCGCCGACUCAGUCCCCCACGCAGUCGCCGACGCAGACCCCUACGCCCUCGCCCACGCAGUCGCCCACGCAGACCCCCGAGUCCUCGCCCACGCAGUCGCCCACCCGGUCGCCCACCAACUCGCCCACGCAGUCGCCUACCCAGUCGCCCACGCAGUCGCCCACCCGCUCGCCCACCUCGUCACCGACGCCGACUGUGACCCCGACCGUGACGCCCACGCAGUCGCCGACCCAAUCGCCCACGCCAUCGCCAACCCAGUCGCCCACGCGGUCGCCCACACCGUCGAUCUCGGUGUCGCCCACGCAGUCGCCGACCCAAUCGCCGACCGCGUCGCCGACGUCGAGCGUGACCCCGACCGUGACGCCCACCAAGUCGCCCACACCGAGUGUGACGCCCACCGUGACGCCCACGCAGUCCCCGACCCAGUCGCCGACUCAGUCGCCCACACAGUCCCCGACCCAGUCGCCGACUCGGUCGCCCACCAAUUCACCGACACCGAGCGUGACGCCCACGCAGUCGCCCACGAACUCGCCUACCAACUCACCUACGCCGAGUUCGCCCACCAACUCGCCGACCAACUCGCCCACGCAGUCGCCAACCCAAUCGCCCACGCCGUCGCCGACGCCGAGCGUGACCUCCUACUGUGACGCCGACCAACACGCCCACGCAGUCUCCGACCCAAUCGCCGACUCAGUCGCCCACGCAGUCCCCUACGAACUCGCCCACGCAGUCCCCUACGCAGUCGCCGACCCAAUCGCCCACCCGGUCGCCGACGCCGAGCGUGACCCCGACCGUGACGCCCACGCAGUCACCGACCCAGUCGCCCACACAGUCACCGACCUGCUCGCCCACCCCGAGCGUGACUCCCACGUCGCCGACUCAAUCACCCACGCGGUCGCCGACGCCGAGCGUGACGCCCACGCAGUCGCCCACCAACUCGCCCACGCGGUCUCCUACUCAGUCGCCCACGCCGAGUGUGACCCCGACCCAGUCGCCCACCAACUCGCCUACGCAAUCGCCCACUCAGUCGCCCACGCAGUCACCGACCAACUCGCCCACGCAGUCGCCGACACCCAGCGUGACCCCUACGCACUCACCCACCAACUCGCCGACCAAUUCCCCCACGCAGUCGCCCACGCAGUCGCCGACCAACUCUCCGACGCAGUCGCCCACACAGUCGCCCACGCGAUCUCCCACCCCAAGCGUGAGCCCUACCCAGUCACCCACGAACUCGCCCACGCAGUCGCCCACCCCAAGCGUGACGCCGACAGUGACGCCGACCCAGUCGCCCACGCAGUCCCCGACUCAGUCGCCUACGCCGAGUGUGACCCCGACCGUGACGCCCACGCCGAGCGUGACGCCGACCCAGUCGCCCACGCAGUCGCCCACCCAGUCACCGACCCAGUCGCCAACGCCGAGCGUGACCCCGACGCCGAGCGUGACGCCCACGCAGUCGCCUACCAACUCGCCGACGCAGUCACCGACGCGGUCGCCUACGCAGUCGCCCACGCAGUCACCGACCAACUCGCCCACGCAGUCGCCUACUCAGUCGCCGACUCAGUCGCCCACGGCAAGCGUGACCCCGACGCCGAGCGUUACUCCCACUCAGUCGCCCACGCAAUCGCCUACCCAGUCGCCUACCCAGUCGCCGACCCAGACACCCACGCAGUCACCCACCCCGAGCGUGACUCCAACCCAGUCGCCGACAAAUCACCGACCCAGUCGCCCACUAACUCGCCUACCCAGUCGCCCACGAGCAGUCCGACGCCGAGCGUGACCCCCACGGUGACGCCCACUGUGACACCCACGCAGUCCCCGACCAACUCGCCGACCCAGUCGCCCACCCAGUCGCCCACCACCUCGCCCACCCAGUCGCCCACCCAGUCGCCCACGUCGAGUGUGACGCCCACUGUGACGCCCACCAGGUCACCCACCAACUCGCCCACGCAGUCGCCGACCCAGUCACCCACGCCGAGCGUGACGCCGACAGUGACGCCGAGUGUUACGCCCACGCAGUCGCCGACCAACUCGCCCACACAGUCGCCAACCAACUCCCCGACGCAGUCACCCACCCGGUCGCCGACGCCGAGCGUGACCCCGACCGUGACGCCGAGCGUGACCCCGACUGUGACCCCGAGCCAGUCGCCCACGCAAUCACCGACCCAGUCGCCCACGCAGUCGCCCACCAACUCGCCCACUCCGUCACCGACCCGGUCGCCGACGCCGAGCGUGACGCCGACGGUGACACCGACCCAGUCCCCGACCCAGUCGCCCACGCGGACGCCGACACCCAGCGUGACUCCGACUGUGACGCCCACCAACUCGCCCACGCAGUCGCCUACACAGUCGCCCACCAACUCGCCCACUCAGUCGCCCACACAGUCGCCCACCAACUCGCCUACGCCGAGCGUGACACCGACUCAGUCCCCCACCAACUCGCCGACCAACUCGCCUACCCAGUCGCCCACUCAGUCGCCGACCCAAUCGCCCACCAACUCGCCCACGCCGAGCGUGACCCCUACCCAGUCGCCGACCAACUCGCCGACCAACUCGCCCACGUCAUCGCCCACGCAGUCGCCGACUCAGUCGCCCACGCGGUCGCCCACGCCGAGCGUGACCCCGACCCAGUCGCCAACCAACUCGCCGACCCAGUCCCCGACCAGCUCACCCACCCGGUCGCCCACCAGGUCACCCACCAGCUCCCCGACCUCGAGCGUGACCCCGACCCAUACCCCCCAGCUCGUCGCGCACGCCCACGGCCACGCCCUCGACCAGCCGCUCGAACACGCCGACGCCCACGUCGACCCGCACCCCGACGCGGUCGCCCACCCAGUCGCCCACUACGAGCCCGUCCAACUCGCCCUCGCUCACGCCGGGCCUCACGCCGUCCAACUCCAACUCGCCCACACCCUCGCUGUCGCGCACGCCGUCUACCACGCCGAGCCCCUCGCGCACGCCGACCACCACGCCGACCGCCACGCCUACCACCACCCCGACCCAGUCUGCCACGCCGACCUCGUCGCGCACGCCGACCGCCACCCCGACCACCACCCCGACGCGGUCCGCCACGCCGACCUCGUCGCGCACGCCGACCACCACGCCGAGCCACCACCCCAACCCAUCACGCCGUCGACCACGCCGCCCAACUCGGCCACGCCGUCGACCACGCCCUCCAGGUCGCCGACCACUUCGCGCACCCCGUCGAGCACGCCCUCCAACUCGCGCACGCCCACCACCACGCCGUCGAUCAGCAAGAGCCCCGUCAAGGUCAACGGCACGGCAGGCGGCGGCGGCGGCACCGACAUCGGUGUGAUCGCCGCCGGCGUGGCGAUCCCGCUCGCGCUGCUGGCCCUCGCCGCCUGCGCGGCCGCCGCGGCGCUAGCGAUCUGGAAGAUGCGGCAGAACAGCACGCCCACGAUACCGGCCAUCGCUACGGACGUGGGCGCCGUGAACGCCCUCACGGUGUCACCGAUCUACGAGUCGCGCACGCAGACACACGUCAACGAGCUCUACGCCGGCGACGAGGCGCCAGCGGGCGCGGGUGCGCUGGGGUCGGCGAGUAACAACCGGGACGAGCUCUUCCGAGCGCAUAACAUGUCCUGGGACCGUGUGUGA